UGCGAGUCAACCUAGCUGCUGCAGCAAGCGAAUUGUUAACACCAUUUCGGACUUGACGAGCGAGGUUGAUCAAGGCAACAAGGCAAACAACUUCAACCUCCUCUUUUCCCGGUGGAAUUGCAUCUUGAUGAUACUGAAUCUUGAUUGAUCUUCAGCUGGUCAAAUUCUCCAGGCUGGCCCAGCGAGGGCCCCUCAACACAAAGAAUGAGCUCCCGUAAGUCUUCCAUCUGAAUGCCCAUGUUCCCGUUCCCUGCUGAUCAUCUCCAGUCAAGCAAUUCAUUCGCAAUGUGCGAGCUUCCAAAACUAUCGCCGACGAACGAGCCGUGGUACAAAAGGAAAGCGCGGCUAUUCGAGCUAGUUUUAAACAGGAGAGCGGGGAUCACAAUGUGAGGUAGGGAAUUGCUGGCACAUGGAUGGUUGGGGCACCAGUUGACAAUAAGAUCCAGACGGAACAAUGUGGCCAAACUACUCUACCUCUUUACGCUGGGAGAGCGCACCCAUUUCGGUCAAAUCGAAUGUCUCAAAUUACUUGCAUCCCCCCGUUUCGCAGAUAAACGAUUGGGUUAUUUGGGUACCAUGUUACUGCUGGACGAAUUACAGGAGGUCUUGACUUUGGUCACAAAUUCGCUGAAGAAGUAAGGAAAUUGCGGUUGGCAUACGGUCAUAUUUACUCACAUACCACCAGUGAUCUGAACCAUUCAAAUCAAUAUAUUGUCGGUCUAGCUCUAUGUACACUCGGAAAUAUAGCCUCCGUGGAAAUGUCGAGAGAUUUAUUCCCGGAAAUCGAAACCCUCCUAUCCACCGCAAAUCCAUACAUCAGACGAAAAGCUGCAUUAUGCGCUAUGCGAAUAUGUAGAAAGGUACCCGACUUACAAGAGCAUUUCCUCGAAAAAGCGGCUGCACUGUUGUCCGACCGCAACCACGGUGUAUUGCUCUGUGGUCUGACUUUGGUUGUGAAUCUUUGUGAGGCUGAUGAGCUAGAAGGGGGGGCAGAAGGAAUCGUCGAGAAGUUUAGACCUUUUGCCGGAAGUCUGGUACGCACACUCAAGGCCUUGGCUAGCUCUGGUUACGCCCCUGAACAUGAUGUUACUGGCAUUACCGAUCCUUUCCUUCAGUGCAAAAUCCUACAACUGCUGAGAGUGCUUGGACGUGGUGAUCAUCAAACGAGUGAACAAAUCAACGAUAUCCUGGCUCAGGUCGCAACCAAUACGGAAUCAUCGAAGAAUGUCGGAAACUCAAUUCUUUAUGAAGCUGUUUUGACAAUCCUCGAUAUUGAAGUGGACUCGGGACUGAGAGUGCUUGGCGUUAAUAUUCUUGGCAAGUUCCUUUCCAACAGAGACAACAACAUUCGAUAUGUUGCCCUUAAUACACUCAUCAAGGUGGUUGCCGUCGAGCCAAAUGCAGUUCAACGACACCGAAACACAAUUCUCGAAUGUCUUCGUGAUCCUGAUAUCAGUAUCAGAAGACGUGCUUUGGAUCUUAGUUUCACCCUCAUCAACGAAAGCAAUGUGAGAUUAUUGAUUAGAGAGCUUCUCGCAUUUUUGGAAGUUGCCGACAAUGAGUUCAAGCCAAUUAUGACGAGUCAGAUUGGUAUUGCUGCUGACCGAUUUUCACCUAACAAGCGAUGGCAUAUUGAUACGAUGCUGAGGGUCCUGUCACUUGCCGGUAAUUACGUCAAGGAACAAAUCUUAUCUUCAUUCAUUAGACUCAUCGCAACAACCCCGGAACUUCAAAUUUACGCCGUCCAGAAGUUAUAUGUCAGCUUAAAGAAAGACAUUACCCAAGAAAGUCUCACUCUUGCUGGUGCAUGGUGCAUUGGAGAAUAUGGUGAUGUACUGCUUCGAGGCGGACAGUACGAAGAGGAAGAAUUGGUACAAGAAGUGAAGCAGAGUGAGGUUGUUGAUCUCUUUUCUUCGAUAUUGAACAGCAGUUACGCCACACAAAUCGCCACCGAAUACAUCAUCACUUCAUUGAUGAAACUCACUACCAGAUUCUCAGAACCAGCACAAGUCGAUAGAAUUCGAAGGAUAUUGCAAUCACACUCUGCCAGUCUUGAUAUAGAAGUUCAACAACGAGCAGUCGAGUAUGGAAAUUUGUUUGGCCAUGAUGCGAUUCGGAGGGGUGUUUUGGAAAAGAUGCCUCCACCACAAAUCAAAGAGGAGUCAAGAGUUUUGGGUGAAGCACAAAAGAAGGCACCCAAGGCAUCGAACAGAAAAUCAAAGUCUGCCAAACCAGUGGAAGAAGAUUUGUUGUUCGACCUGAUGGGCGAUGGCACUCCACCAACUGCAGAUCUUGGUGGUGCCGCAUCCUCAAACAACGCAGACCUUCUCGCAGACAUUCUUGGGGACGCAACAGCCCCAUCAUCAAAUUCUCAACCACAACAAUCCAACGUGAGUUCGAUUAUGGAUCUCUUCGGCAGUGGCCCUCCUGCACAAUCUCAGCCCGCGCCAGCAGCUGCUUCCAGUGACCUCUUCUCCGGCAUGUCAUCGCCACCUCCUCAACCAGUCGCAGCCGCUCCUCCAUCUAUUCCCGCUCAUCCUUGCUACGAUAAAAAUGAUCUCAACAUCACGCUACAGCUUCAGCGAAAUGCAGAGGGUAUGGUCCAAGUCAUGGCUAGUUUCAGAAAUACUUCCAUGCAUCAAGCUAUAUCGGCUGUGGAUCUUAAAGCUGCGGUUCCCAAGACGCAGAAGUUGCAGUUGAAUGCUAUGUCUACUACCGAACUCGGUCCGGGUGGGGAGGCGACGCAGACUAUGAGGAUUGCUGGGACUAAGGGGGUAAGUUCUAAUAUCCCACUUGCGCUGUAGAAAUGAUACUAACGUGAUAACAGCCUCCUUUGAGACUCCGGUUAAAGAUUUUGUUUGUACAUCCUGAGGCGGGACAGGUGACGGAUCAGGUGGAUUGGUCGGAACCUAGGUAG